AUGCUCCAGUGGAGGGUGAGGCUCUGGCAGUGGCUUGGUGUCUUCGCAAGGUUUCAAGUAAAGUUUCUAGAAGGCAAGCGAAACCAUGCAGCUGACUUUCUGUCCCGCUACCCAGCGCUCCGUGCGCUGCCUGAGGCCGCAGAUAAGAACCAAGCAGACGACCUGGAGGUCGCUGUGGCUGCUGCAACCACUACUGCACUUUUUGGGGAUGACUGCAUCACACUUGACUACACCACCGUGCAGCACGUUGCCUCCAAGGACCUGGAGUGUCAGCUGCUAAUAACCAAGGUGUCUGCAAGUGAUUGGCACCAACAUCGUGCUCAGGAAAUGGCCUGUCUGCGUCAGUUCUACAACAUGAGGGACAGGCUAGCUGUUUGGCAGGGUCUGGUGACAUACACGUUUGACCAGGGAGCUGUCCGCCUUGUGAUACCAGAGGCUCUACAUCAUCAGGUCGCAUCCAACCUCCAUGUAGGUCACCAAGGACUUGACAGCAUGUUUCGGAGGGCAAGGCAGGCAGUGUACUGGCCUGGAAUGGAAGGUGACCUGCAGUUCUACCGUGAUCUAGAGGGACAGACGUACAUUGUGUAUGCUGACAGGUGCACAGGCUGGCUAGAGAUUAGUCACCUGCCCCAUGGUGCUACAUCAAGUAGGAUAAUGGUCUUGUUCCACCAGUACUUUGCACGAUGGGGCGUCCCAGAGGGCAUAUCAACUGACGGCGGCACCAACCUAACUAGUUAUGAAGUGUGCAAGUUCUUGAACAAGUGGGGCGUUGUAAUGAGAAUAUCCUCUGCUCAGUAUGCACAAUCAAAUGGCCGGGCCGAGGCAGCGGUCAAGUCGGCCAAGAGACUGCUACAUGGGAAGAUGGGGACCAGAAGCAGUCUGGAUUCAGACAAGGUCUCGAAAGCUCUGCUGCAGUACCUGAAUACGCCCCUUCGGGAAGUGAAUAAAUCACCUGCCCAACUAACUAUGGGACGUCAGCUGCGAGACGGAAUACCGGUGCACAGGCGGUACUAUAAGAUAGACAUGCAUUGGCAACGGGCUCUACGUACAAGAGAACUAGCAACGGCCCGACAACACAGGAACAUAGUGGAGCAGCAUGGGACGCCAAGGACCCUCGUUCCCCUGACACCUGGUGCACCAGUGUGUGUGCAAAACCAAGCCACAAACGUUUGGUACAGACGAGGCAUGGUUGCAGAGGCACUUCCGAACCGUCAGUACUCCAUCAGGCUGGAUGGUAGUGGUCGUAUCUCGAUUCGUAAUUGGAGGCACCUACAGUCUGUCCGGGUUACCAUGAGAACCCCACAUUCAACACCAGAACCAUGUAGUACAAUAUGUGCUUUUGAAUCACUAGUCAAAUAUGAAAUUAUUGUUCAGUAUGCUUUUGUUCAAUCAGUACAUUUCAAUUACCCGUUCCAGAAUUAUUCAGUUAUUCCAGGGCGUGAGACUUCACGCUCACGCUCACGACUGGCUGGACACAUGCUCCCGUAG